UCUCCCCCACCAGGCCUCCGUAUUGCAUCCACCAGGUGCAAUUGGACCCGAUCCAUUAAAUUAUUGGAUUCAUUUUUUGGGACCCAAAUCAGUAGUUUUGGGUCGGGAACCGGUGUUGGCAACAGCCCGUCGGUGUUGGGAAGGACGACGAUGAGCGGCGUCGGCCAAGCAAGGGCGGUGAGGCUGUUCGACGCGCACUGCCACCUCCAGGACCCCAGGAUCGCCACCGUGGCCCCUCGCCUCAUACGCGCGGCCCUCGACUCCGGCGUCCUCCGGUUCGCCGUCAAUGGCGUCUCCGAGAAGGACUGGCAUAUCGUCAAGCAGAUGUCGGACGAGUACCCUUGUAUAAUUCCGUGCUUUGGCCUUCAUCCAUGGUAUGUUGCUGAGAGAUCCCCAGAUUGGCUGAGAUUGUUGAAGGAUUUCUUCGCCACCACGCCUGCUGCUGCAGUUGGCGAGAUUGGCAUAGACAAAGGAUCACAUGGGAGGAACAUUGAGUUCACAGAACAGGUGGAAGUGUUCCGGCAACAACUGGAACUUGCAAAGGAGUUAAGGAAACCAGUUUCUGUCCAUUGUGUACGAGCCUUUGGUGACCUUCUAGAAAUACUGCAACAAACAGGACCUUUCCCUGCAGGAGUGGUUCUGCAUUCAUAUUUAGGAUCUGCUGAAAUGGUUUCAGGCCUUGCGAAGCUUGGUUCUUAUUUUUCAUUUUCUGGGUACCUCACAUCCAUGAAUAUGAGAAAAGCAAAAAAAAUGCUUAAAUCGGUACCUCCGGACAGAAUUUUGAUUGAAUCUGAUGCACCAGAUGGAUUAUCAAAGUGGAACACAGAUUCUCUUUUGUUGGUUCCAGAGGAUGACUCCACUUCCGAAGAACAACAAAACCAGUAUGCAAAUUCGUCUUUAGAGGCGACAACUCAGUCAAAGGAAGCAUUGAAUCAUCCAGCAAACAUUUCUAAUGUUCUGAAUUAUGUUGCCAUGUUGCUUGAGAUGCCUGAGGAGGAGCUUGCAGAGUUGAGCUACCAAAAUGCUACACGCUUAUUCUCCUAUCCUGGUUCCAAAGUUUGACGACUGACCUGUCAUAUAACUGUUCCAUAAGUAUUGUAAAUAUUACAAGAUUAUGUGAUAUAUUGAACAGUUAGGGAUGUAUUUUUCUUUACAAAAGCUACCUUCCACUGGGCACCCUCACAACAUUUCCUUGAAGCAAAUCUUAAUGUAUGUAUACUGUAAUGAUGGCCAAGUAAGAGGUGGUAUAUUUUGCAUCCCUAUUUGCUUUGCUCCAGUAUUAUCUUCAACUGGGGAAAUGUUGCUCCUGUAAAUAGCACUUAGCUUAAAUAAAAUGGAAUGUUAUUUCCGUUUUUCUGGUUU